AGGAGGUGAUGCGAAGAGGGAGGAAUGAUGAUGUUGAUGACGACGAUGCUUCGUUCUGGUGAGUGCGAUUCCGACGUCGAAAGGAGGAGUGGGCGAAUGCCGUUACCGGACACUCGUUAGGCGGCUGUCUUCUUCUGCUUCUGCUUCUGCUUCUGCUUCUUAUGUGCGCUAGCAAAGCCGCCCCCGUCUUUCCUCCUACGCCGUUCCGUCUGCAAACAAGGGCCGCGCCGCCGGAAAAGUGCCAGAGAAGUGUGAAGACAUCUGCUUGAGAUUUCCGAAAAAGAAGAAUCGUGAGAUUACAUAUCACUUUCCCAGAUUUUCCGAGAGCAAGAUCUGCGACCUUGAUUCCGAGAUAAGGAGCCUCGGCUAAGAAGUAGAGUGGACAAAAAAGGAAGCCAAGGCGCAUGCAUGGGGAGCAUUUGCUGGCCUUACUUUGAUCCUGAGUACGAGACACUAAACCAGAGAAUCAAUCCCCCGAGGGUAUCCAUUGAUAACGCCACCUGCAGCGACUGCACGCUCGUCAAGGUUGACAGCGUGAACAAGCAUGGUAUACUGCUGGAAGUUGUUCAGGUCCUGACCGACCUUGAUCUCAGCAUUUCCAAAGCGUACAUCUCCUCUGAUGGAGGAUGGUUCAUGGAUGUUUUCCAUGUCACGGAUCAGCAGGGAAACAAAGUGACAGACCCGAAGAUGAUCGAACAGAUCGAAAAGGCACUGGGGGCAAAUGGGUCUCCUAAGACGCGCGUCCAGUCGGUCGGGGGAGAGUACACAGCGAUUGAGCUCAUGGGCAGCGACCGGCCGGGCCUCCUCUCCGAGAUCUCCGCGGUGCUGGCCGACCUCAACUGCAACGUUGUGGCUGCACAAGCCUGGUCUCAUAACACCCGCAUUGCCUGCGUCUUCUACGUUACCGACAGUGCCAGCUCCCGGCGCCUCGACGACCCUGCCCGCCUCGCCGACAUCCAGGAACACCUCCGCAAUGUGCUCCGUGGCGGGGACGGCGUCGCCCACACAAACGUCUCUACGGACCUUACCCGCACCGAUCGGAGGCUGCAUCGGAUGAUGUCCGACGACCCGGACAAUGAGUUGGUGGUUGAUGGAGGGUAUGGGGAGAAAGCGGGCCCGUGCUGUGAUUUCCGGCCGAGGAUCACGGUGGAGGGAUGCGACGAGAAGGGAUACUCAGUGGUAAAUGUAAGGUGCAAGGACCGCCCCAAGCUGUUGUUUGACACUGUGUGCACUCUCACCGACAUGAAAUACGUGGUGUUCCACGCUUCCAUCGUGUCCGAUGGGCCUUACGCCCUCCAGGAGUACUACAUUAGGCAUAUGGAUGGUUGCACUCUCAACUCAGAGGCAGAGAAAAACCAUGUCAUCCGGAGUCUCGAGGCUGCUAUUCUGCGUAGAGUAUCUGAUGGUGUGAGCCUAGAAUUGAGUGCCAAGGAUAGAGUGGGAUUGCUAUCAGACGUAACUCGAGUCUUACGCGAAAACGGGCUCACUGUGAUGCGUGCGGAGGUGUCAACAGUAGGUGCCAAAGCUGUGAAUGUGUUCUAUGUGAGGGAUGCAUCAGGGAACCCGGUGGAUAUGAAGACCAUUGAGUCUCUGCGCAAGGAGAUAGGCCAUACCAUGCUGCUUAAUGUGAAGGCACCAGACUUGGACAAACCCUCGCAGUCUGUGGGGACGGCUAAAUUCAGCUUCUCUUUUGGAAGAUUAUUUUGGAAAUUCUUGCCUUGAAUGUGCAACAAACGGCAAUAUUUCUUACUGUGACAUAUAUGUGUCAUUAAUGUAUUAUCUCACGACAACAUUUCUUACUGUGACAUAUAUGUGUCAUUAGUGUAUUAUCUUCCCUCUCUACGUGUAUCCACGGGGAGAUUUGCA